AUGGAAAUAUGUUUUUUAAAUGCCAAAAUAAAUAUGAAUCGAGACUUCAUUGAGAAGCUUGUAGAAGUUCCACAAGUUAAUUACUUUUUUGAAAGCUAUAGACAAGAAGAUUGGCCAGAACUAAUUUUAGAUUUAACGUUAUAUAGCAUUUAUGCGCUGAGAUCACAACAUCAAAGUCCACCUCCUAUCAGCUACCUUCAAGAUAUAGUAAGAAAGGCAGGGAUGAUUAUUUCACUUGAGCAAGCAUUCCCAAAUUUCCAAAAAAAGUUGAGCCAAAUAAAAGAGGACAUCAUAAGGGUAGAGUGCGAACUGCAAUCAAAAAAAGAUGAAGAGAGAAAAGAAAACUUAGAGCUAAAGACAAAAAUGAGAUGGUCUUCGAUGCCGUCAAAAAACCAUUUGAAUAAAACUUUGGGCUGAAGGGAAGAGGAAACUAAAAGAAUUGUAGAAAGUAUUGCUGAGAAUAAACCAUCUGCAGCAAAAAAUAUCUUUAAAGAUGCCCCAUCUCCUAAAUCAAGAAAUCAUAGAGAGGAAGAAGGCGUCAAAGAAAAUUAUGAUUAUGGAAAAUCAAAUCGGAAUGAAAUAGGGAAAAAUAUAUAUCCUUUUUGGUGACCUAAGCAAACUUCAGUGGAUGAGGAAAAUAAAGAAACAACUGCCAAUAUUGCUAAAAAAAAGACUUCUCAUUUUAAAAAGUCUAAAAAAUCGAAAUUUACAGAGACCAACAAUUAUGAAAGGAAAAAUUCUUCUACAAUCUUAAAGCAAAAAAGCUGUAAAAAAGCAUCUAGAAACCAAAUUAAUAAAGGCAUGACUCUCAAUAAAAAAAUAAUUCAGUAUUCAGAUAAAUCUAACGAAGCUCACUUAAUAUCUUCUAAAAGCUCAAUUCAAGAGAGCCAUACCCGUUUUAACUCAAAAUCUCAAAAAAAUCCAAAACAAGUUGGCCUACAAAGGCAAACUGCUUGAGUACAGGAUUUUUCUAAUGUUAUAAAGCGAAGCCCUUCAGAAUCGAUAUGUAGCUCUCGAUCUCCAUCAGAAUCAAGCCAGAAUUCUUCAUCAUACCGCGAGAGCCCCCACUUCUUUAGUCCAACAGAAGCUCCUAACCCAAUGUAUUUGCAGAAUUCUCAAGAUUUAAAAUCAUUUUCUGACAAUUCAAGCAGUGUUUUGAGUGAAUACACCCCUACCUCUGAGAUGCAAAAUUUUUUUCAAAAUUCUGAGAAUGCAAGCAGUGCUUUAACUGAUUACACCCCUACCUCCGAGAUGAAAAGUUUUUACCGAAAUCUAUUUUCAAAGACCUUUGAAUCAAAAGGAACAGAAUCAAGGGAAAGCAGAUUCAAAACUGAGAACUCAUUUUACUCCUCAAAUCCUAGUGAAGAAGCAGGCAGUUUAAGAUAUGAAAGAAAAGAUUCAAGUUUUAAUUCUUCCAGUAAGACUAGACCUAUGCGCAGGGGCUAA